CGUAGUGCGCAGGCGGCGGUGGCGCGGCGCCUGUUGUCUCGGGCUGUUGGUGUGGGUUUCGCUCGGCGGACUGCGGGGCUCGGUCCUUUGCCUUCUGAGGCGGCGGCAGGUCGGUGCGUGGGCUCUGACUGGCCGGCGGCCUGGGGUCGGCUGGAGUCUGCGCUGCCGUAGCCCCGGACAGCGCACAGGAGGAUCCCAGGGCACAGAGCGACUCCAGGAACACACUGGUGGAUUCUAAGGCGCAGGGUAACGGCAGGGACCCUAUUGUGCGUCCCAAGGUUAAGGACUGAGGGUUCCCAGUGUGGCCGUACACGGAACAAAGCAGGGUCCUAUCGUGAUUCCAAGGACAGGAGGGUCGGGGAGUGAAACCUGAGGGAAGAGUGACUGUUGCCCAGCGGAGAGUGAGGUGCCCUCCCCCAGCGAACCCAGGGGAGAGUGGGGGGCCCCGGUUGAUUCCCAGGGGAGUGUCGUGGGUCCACCACCGCCUAAUUUAUGGUGAGAGUGGGGUCCACGGAGUGACUGAUCCCCAAGCGAUAGCGAGAUUCCCAGGGAGGAGAAGCUAGGAGUUGCAAUUCCCAAGGGGUCCCCAGCGUGAUCACCAGGGGAGGGGGUGGUGUUCUGAUGUGGAGGGAGAUCCCAAGAGUAAUCGCCAGGGGAGUGGGCAGUUCCAGAACAUUCUUCGCAGUUAGUGAUCCCUGUUUGGGUCCCAGAGCAGAGGGGAAACAUAGUGUUGUUUUUACAGUGGAGGAGGUGGAGUCCCAGGGUGAGUUGAGGCUAUCUGGAAGACCCUGUUGAUAUACCUGGGCAUGUCAACCACAGGAACAAGCACAGAAGCUACGAGGUCGACCAAAGGGAUGGUCUAAACAUCUGAGAAGAAUGCAACAAGAAAGACAGAUCCCUCUGCAACUAAGAAUAUUCUCGCAACAAAAGCCUUAUUGAGAGAUUAUAGAUACAACAUUGGAAUGGCUAACCUGCUGGGAACAAAAUACUGACUUCCGUCUUAAGCUUUCUGUUUGUUGGAGGAAAGUGUCCUUAGAAGAUUCUAUAAUUUAUGACCUUUCUUCAUUGGAGUCGUGCGGUAUAUUUUUUACGAACAAGGAAGUCACCAUGACGAGAUUUUGAAUGUCUCAGCUUUUGACUGAGUGCUGUGGAAUUGUGAAGAUAAUCAGUGUACCUGCUCAGAAGUCUUAACAUGACUAUAAGGGUCCUGGAAUGUGAACUGAGGUUGGGGUGUACCUUUCCUUGAAGUUUGGCUACCCUUCAGACAGUUCGCUUUACCGAACUGAAAAAUGAGCUGUGUCCCCUGGAAAGGAGACAAGUUAAAACUGGACUCCGAAGUACAGCCGCCCACUUUGAUUUACCAUGAGAAGCAGAGAAGGGAGCUGUGCGCACUACAUGCUCUCAACAAUGUCUUCCAGGAUGGGAGGGCAUUCACCCGUGAGACGCUGCAGGAGAUUUUUCAGAGGUUGUCUCCAAAUACCAUGGUAACGCCACAUAAGAAAAGUAUGCUGGGAACAGGAAACUACGAUGUCAAUGUGAUCAUGGCUGCUCUUCAAACGAAAGGUUACGAAGCAGUUUGGUGGGACAAACGAAGAGAUGUUAAUACUAUCGCCUUGUCAAAUGUGAUGGGCUUUAUCAUGAACAUCCCGUCCAGUUUGUGUUGGGGUCCCGUGAAACUUCCCCUCAAACGGCAGCACUGGAUCGGUGUACGUGAGGUCGCAGGAAUCUACUACAACCUUGACUCGAAGCUGAAAUUGCCAGACCAGAUUGGCAACGAGGACGAGCUCAGGAAGUUCCUGAAACACCAACUAAGGGGGAAGAACUGCGAACUUCUCUUAGUCGUAAGCGAGGAGGUGGAAGUUCACCAGAGCUGGAGGAUAGACGGGUGAUGUGAGGAAUCUCAAUCAAACCUGUUUUUGUAGCCACUACAGCUCUGCAUUCGAUGGACAGAUCCGAACUUUCAAACACAAUACAUAAAGAAAAUUUUAUCAGAGGAAAAAAGUACAUUUUAUUUCAGGUCUGCAUAUCUUAAAGUGAUUCGGUGGCCUAAAGUAUCCUACACAAGAGCUGGUGCUUUUUUUAAACAAAAAUUAUAUAUAUAAACUACUCUGUGUGGGACAACUUGAUGAGGGACAAUAAGUGUUUUGUUUUUGUCUUGUUGCUUUAGUAAAGAAAGAGUGUAUAAAGUAUAAAUAUCAAAAGGUAGUACAAGAUUAAGGCAGGCCAGGUAACACUUGACCUCUGGGGCCAAGGCUAAAUUAAAGCAAAAAUUCAAUUGAGCAGCAUGCUCCCCUUCCCAUUAAUGUCUCACUAGGCUCCUUCUCCUAUAGCAGGGGUUCCCAACCUUUUUUUAUGCCAAUGGCCAAUCCAUUGACCCCAGGUUGGGAACCCCUGUUCUGGAGAAUUUUCGAAGAAACACAGAAGAUGCUGCAAGCUCUCAGCGUUUUGGGCAGCAUCUCCGGAAAGAGAAUGAGAGAGAAAAACAACUACUGUGAUAAAUCUUCAGAGUUGAUGCAUGAUUUUGUAUUUCUGCCCCUGCACAGCUUGCUAAUGUUCUCUAGUUGAGAAUUAAAAAGGAUUAGAUUUCUAAACACUUGCUGUAACAUUAGGAAACCAAAAAGAGAUUAUUGCCAAUGGUGUUACUAAUAUAUAGAUGACUGGGAGAAUGCUUACGUUGGCCAAAAUUGUCCCUUUUUUUGUCCAUUUGGCCUUUGCACUCAGACUUAGUGACAAAUCAAGUUUUAAAUUGUUUUGGCUCUUUGUUUCUUAAAAUGGACACUAAACUUUGGUGGCCGCAUUGACAAUCUGGUCAAGAGUAGAGGGCACAGUUGGGAUCCUGUUGAUAAAGGGUUUCUAAUUGCUUUGUAGCUUGUUUAAAAAUGUGUAGCGCGUUACUGCCUAUGAGUUUUUCUGUGCAAUUCAAGUGCCCCGUUACUUGAAGUACUUCACACUAGGUGACGUCCAUCUCCAAGGAUGGGUAGGUCCCCUACAUACCCCCACGAGAUUUAAAUCCCUGCCACACAGAGUAUAAAGUCAACCGAUCUUGGCUUGAAGGGCUGGGUCAGAACUUGUCAUCAAUCCCCUAGCUCAAAGCCAUAUCAGAGGACAGUCAACAACAAAAAUCAGAACUUAGAACUUUGUCUACCAUCUACCAAAAUAAUGUGGGAAGAUGCGAUAAUAUGUCGCAUAGAACAAUUAGGCACACUUUUGGCACCUUAAAAAACGUUUUGACAAUCCAUCGAUAGAGUUUCUAAAGUCACAGAAGUUGAAGAUUUUUUAUCUAAUUUAAGUAAAUGUAUAUGCCAUAUUGGAGCUGAAUCACUGUAGCUGCAGGUAGUCAUCAAGAGCUGCAGGCUGAAUGGAAUAAUUCUAGAGGUUAAGGGUGUAUAUUUGCACUAGUAGGGUUUGUCAGUAGGUCGGACACCUGAUCUGCCCAUGUGUUUCCCUCCUCCAUAUUCUGUCAAGUCCGGCUACAUCAAGGGCGAGAAGAAUCAUCUCUGCUUCUUGCUUUGCCUUGUCCUAUGGAUAGUGUGACUUGGUGAAUUUGGAUUCCCUAGGUCAUGUUGAGUUUCUUUUUAAGAUUCUGGUUAAAUGGUGCAAUUUUGGAAUGAUGCCUCUCCAGUAGCAGCUGGGGCAAAUUUCCUUGGAUGUCAAUUGUCUUCAGAAGAUUGAGAAACAUGGGUAAUGCUCAUCAGUCAAGCCACACUUGGCUGCAGACAUUGUUUUGUUUUUAAUGAGGCUCGCCCUUCCGACUGGGUACAUGGGCACUCUGGGGCAGGCUUCCCUGGAAUUGGCACUGUUAAUGUCUUGUCCUUCAGUCAGUAAUUUGUGGACAGUGUCCUUCCAAAAUGACUGCAAAUUAAAAUCCUCUCAGUACUAUCCAAAUACACAACAAAAUUAUGUCUCAGGAGUGAUCAGAGGACAUUGAAAAUCAUGAUCCUUCUGUCCUUCAAUAUUCUGAUCUUCCAGAUGGACUUGAACCCACACAUUAAUGGACAGAAGAUGACAGAGUAGAGAAAUGCAUCAAGAUGCACACGAAGACCGCAUUAUGUGGUUCAAAAAUGACUGCUUAUUUGGGUAAAUUAGAACCCUCCCAUUAACAUCCAAAAUGUACAUUUCUAUAGUAGCUUUCCCAACCUUGGGUUGCCCUGAGGUGUUUCACAGUCAGUGCAGUCUUGUGAAAUAUAGAAGGGAUGACACUGAAGAACCCAGUGAUUCCUCCACUUCACACUUUUUAAAUUUGCCUCUGUUUACUGAGAGCUAAAGAUAGAAUGAGAUACCCAGAGGAUUUAACUUGAUUUGGUUAGAUAAUGAUGUGUAUUUUGAAGAAAACCCACAGAGAAGGGAGUUCCCUUGGUUCACUCCUCUGACCCAGCUUCUGAUGAGCAAAUUCAACAACGGUGAGAGAUGUUUGCAUGCCCUUGAGCUAACGCUCUAGAAAGCAAUAACUUUGUCCGUUCACCCCCCUUCAUCUAGCAGUUUAUUAUCAGAGCAACAGUGUGUAGAGUCAAUCCCAGAGUAAGGCUGCUGCUUAGACUCAGCUGGUUGAGCUAAGCAGUGUUUUCUAAGUGUCUGUGUGGGCCUUGAGUCAUUCAGGAUUCAGUGUAAUGGACCCAGGUCAUUAGUUUGUUUCUCAUGAAGUUUUUAAAGAUUUGGGCUUAUUGUCACUUGAGGUUAAGGAAUGAUCAAGCAGCCAGACGUGGAAAAGAUUUCAUUGAAGCUUGUUUGGAGCAGCAGAGAGAGAGGGAAAAGCAGAACAAUUGGGUUAACUGCACUACUGACAUUUCAAUAAGAAGCCAACAUCUAGACAGUAGCAAUAAAUCCAAAUCUGAAAACCUCUCGGAACUAUCAAGCCCAAGAGGAAGUGGAUGUUCAUCAUCUGCUGCUGGUACAAUCUAGUUUUAGUUGAAGCAAACAUAUUGGCCAGGAAUCAUCGUUAUCAUGUCAAUGCUUUCUCUCUUCAACAACAGGAUUUAUAUUGACAACUGAAACCUUCUGAACGGCUGGUCUCAUUAUCAUUGGGAAAGAUCGUUUAUUUGUUCCAUAUACCAGCCAUUGUUCUAACUCUGUUCCUGAAGGGGUUUUUUUCUAACUUAGCUGAAAAUGAAGAGAGAACUGCAACUUCUAUCUUUUCAAUACCUUCUCAAUCCCUUUUCCCUCAUGUUACUGUCACUUAAAUGGGAAGACUCCUUGUGCUUGAUCAGAUUAGCACUGUCAGUUUCUGGAAGAAUAGGGGGUGAAUCUGCUUUUGCACAUGUAAGGGUGUGUGCGUGUGUAUGUAAGUGUGUGUGUGCGCGCGCGCGCGCAGUUUAAUUUGAACAAUAUGGGCUUUGCAGGCUGAGCCAGCAUUUGUUUGUCCUUGCAAAGGUGAUGGUAUCCUGCCCUCCUAAAUGCUGCAGUCCUUGAGGCGUGAUAGUGACUAUGGUGUAAGGAGAGAGUUCAAGCACGUGAUCUAGUGACAUUGAAGGAACAGUGAGGUAUUAUCAGGUCGAUGUCUGUGUCUUGGAGGACAACCUUGGUGUUUCUAUUGCUUGUUCUUCUAGCUAGUAGAGGUGGAAAGUUUGGUAGGUCCUGUCUUGUUUCUAAGUUGUCAAUCUGGAGGUGAUAUUGAUUAGAUUAAAAAGGGCAAGCUUUGGUGACAGAAUGUGAAGGUUGUAUGCUCUGAGGACAACGUGGAAGCUCUUCUGCACGUGGUCUCUGUACAUUGAAGGGAUUAUAGAGAUGGUAUCAGUAGAUUGCGUUCAGGAGAUGAUAUCUGCGGAUUGGAAAUGGUGAUCUAUAUAGGAUGAGUUGGUAUUGUACAUUAUGUUGGGGUGGGAGGUAGGAACGGUUUAUGUAAGGUUUGGAGGAAUUGUUGCGAGAAGAUUUAUGUUGAAGGAAAGAUCUGUUAAGUAAUGAAGAGUUGUUUUUUCUCAAACCUGACGAGUAGUGCCUAUAAAUCUGAGUCUUUUGUUGCAGAAACCCAGCAUUUCUGGAUGUGACCGAAGUGUCAACGCCUUUAUCUUUUAUAUUGGCACAGACCAUAACACUGAGCUAGAAGGAAAUGCACUCAGGCAUUCAGUCUCUUGAUUUAGAUGCUGGGGUUAACAUUGAUCCCCUCAUUUUAGGAGGGGACAGUCAUUAGGUUAAUAUGUUCGGAGAGGUGACUCGGCAGUUCCCAGAUCAUCUUCGCUUCUCUUUCCCCAUUAACUGAAGUCAACAGGGAAAUAGAGUCCCUGAGCAAUCAGCAGAUGUCCAACAGGGGCUCCAAACGUGCGUAUCUCUACUGCCUCUGCACUUUAGAAAUCAAAAUAAAUUUAAAGAUAGCUAACACAGAACCUGGCAUGAUUGCAGGCACGAAUUAAAUCAGUACGUAUUUCUGUGAUAUUACCAUCUUGUCACUGUUUCUUACCCCUUGUAUUUGAGAGGGAGAAAAAUUGCUAAGCUGUAUAAUAAACACUAUGUUUUGGGUAAUUGUAAGGAUUCUUUUGUUUCAAAAUUCUCAGGCCACAGAAAAAUAAAAUUAUACAUUUCUACUUGA